AUGGACGAUAUGCUAUCGAGUAUGGCAUCGAUAGGUCCGACAUCCACGGUGCUGUCCGUGCCCGACACCACGGCUCUCUCCACGCCAUCCUUACUUCCAACCACAUUCAACUUACUAUCCUUAUUCAUAGGAGCGCAAGACGCCGACGGAGACAAUGGACACCAGGCCCAACGAUGGUCGUCUUUUAUUGGAAUAAUUGUGGCGAUAUGCGGGAAUAUUCUGAUAUCCUUUGCGCUCAAUAUUCAGCGGUACGCUCACGUACGUAUCGAGCAAGAAGCCGAAGGCCAACGAGUCCGCAUGCGAUCUCGGAGACAUGUAUCGACAAGCACUUACGGCUCAAUGGACGCCCCAUACAGAGACGAUCCUAAUGAUAAUAGCAAUAAUGUUGGUGGAGGAGCAACGGACAGACGGGAGCCUCGGGAUCGUCAAGACCGGCCCUACCGCGAUUAUGAAACCGAAGGAGAAGACCACGAUAAUAUGGAUCGGUCAGUUCUCUCCGAUCAAACUCUGAGACCUGGGGACAAAGACAUAGGACAAAAUGACCGGGCGAAUUAUCUCCAUUCGCCAUAUUGGUGGGCAGGCAUUAUCUUGAUGACCCUAGGAGAAAUGGGCAACUUUCUGGCCUACGGAUUCGCGCCGGCUUCGAUUGUUUCGCCUUUGGGAGUGGUUGCACUGAUUUCUAAUUGCGUCAUUGCUCCUUUUAUGCUGAAGGAGCAAUUUCGACAACGGGAUUUCUGGGGCGUUAUUGUUGCCAUUGCCGGUGCGGUUGUCGUGGUACUAAGCGCAGAAACCUCUGAAACCAAAAUUGGACCACAUGAGAUCUGGGUCAUGAUCACCAAAUGGGAGUUUGAGCUAUAUCUAGGGCUGACAGCUGCUUUGAUCGUUGCUCUUAUGUGCUUGAGUGACAAGUACGGUAGUCGUACUAUUUUGAUUGACGUGGGCUUAGUUGGCCUAUUCGGUGGCUAUACCGCGCUCUCAACCAAAGGUGUUGCGUCAUUACUGUCUUUCACGCUUUGGCAUGUCAUUACCUUUCCGAUUUCUUAUUUGCUUGGUAUGGUACUGGUCUCUAGUGCUUUGAUGCAAAUACGCUACAUCAAUCGUGCUUUACAACGAUUCGAUUCCACGCAGGUCAUCCCUACUCAAUUCGUUCUCUUCACCCUCUGCGUCAUCACAGGAAGUGCUGUUUUAUAUCGAGAUUUCGAAUCCACCACGCGGUCUCGAGCCUUGAAAUUUGUAGGUGGAUGCUUUUUAACCUUUCUGGGUGUUUAUUUCAUCACUAGCGGUCGAGUCCGUCGCGAAGAUGAGUAUUCAGAAGGGGAAGGAGAGGAUGAAGAAGCCGGCGUUGGCUUCGAUAAUGGCCGACGGUACCGAGAUUCUGUGGAUGAGCCUAGGGACACUGGUAGACGCACGCGUAAGCCAGGUGAAACUGGCACUGAAGCCGACAAUCGCUCGCGAUCGCCAAGAGCUUCGUUACAAAGUAUGAAUUCGGAGGGAGAUGCCUUGAACACGCCGAGAGGUCUCCUUUCACCUGCCACAUCAGAGCAUGAAGGCUCAUUUUCUGAGGAUUCUCUAUCCCAAGAAUUUUCAUCGUCACCUCCUCGCCCCCAAUCUCUUAUCGACAACCCUUGGGCCUCGCCCAAAGGUGCCAUCAAAGCUACGACAUCAGAUCCAAUUGUACAUAAUAGCGUGCCGGCAACGCCUCCAGGACUUAACUCCCACGUAUCACAGACACCUCCAAUCCUCUUUCAUUUCCCAGCUGCUCCUUCGGAAGAUGUAGCGCAGCCACCCAAUUCGGACGGUUCAGCACACCCCGCUCAACCUUCAGCGGAGCUGAGGACGCCUGAGCAGCGACGUCGGAGUACUCCUCGCACUCCACAGUCCAACGCGAGGAAUUCAGUUACUCUGCGACUAACACCCGGUCCUUUGAUUACCCCGUUGUCCUCCACUCUGUCUGCUGUGGUUGCAGAUUCUCUCAGGCGUGGUGAAGGCAGCCCAGGAAGACACCAACGCAGCAGGUCUGUCCGAGUUCGGCGGCUGGGUUCCGCUCCUCUGAUCAUUGGUGAAUCGAAUGGCGACAACGGCGAGGUUUUACUUGUCACUGAAUUACCGGGCGAGAGCCAUAAUAUGAGUUCUACAGCCGUCACAACCACCCCCAGCUCGUCUCGUGUUAAUUCCACCAGAGACGCCCUUCAACCAACUGCCGACGGCAUUACAAUCAACAAGAACGCUAAUAACGAUGAUUCUUCAUCGACACGCCUGCGUAGCUUCAGCGAUUCUUUAAGUGGUGGCCUGGCAUGGCUGGGAGGAACACUUCGUCGACCCAAGAAGCCAGAAACAGCCUCCUCGGAACAACCAGAUGAGAGUGAGCCGUCGCAAGACCAUGAUUCGUGA